GUAUACUAUCACACUGUCUUUCCAAGCUGCUCGCUGUCAAUGUUUAGUCGAGCACCAAGGUGGCUCAUAGUUUAAACUAAAAAUGCUUGUUUUAUUAUUUUAAUUAUUCGUUAUAUACCUAGAUCGAAAUAAAUAAAAAUGAGUUAUUUAGGAUGUUUAAUAACCACGUUAGUAAUAUCAUGUGCGGUCAGUGCAACAAAAGAUCAAGUUACAAAUCGUACAAGUUUCGCAAUAGAUUUUGAAAAUAAUCAAUUUUUACUGGAUGGUAAACCAUUUAGAUACGUUAGCGGUAGUUUUCAUUACUUUCGAACACCUAAACAAUACUGGAGAGAUAGGUUAAGAAAAAUGCGAGCCGCUGGAUUAAAUGCUCUUUCUACAUACGUUGAGUGGAGUCUACAUCAGCCAGAACCAAACAAAUGGGUGUGGGAUGGAGAUGCAGAUCUUGUCAAAUUUUUACAAUUGGCACAAGAAGAAGAUUUAUUUGUUUUAUUGAGACCAGGACCAUACAUUUGUGCUGAAAGAGAAUUUGGUGGUUUUCCAUAUUGGCUUUUGAAUUUAGUUCCUGGCAUUAAAUUACGAACUAAUGAUACUAGGUAUCUCGAAUAUGCUGAGGAGUAUCUGAACCAAGUAUUAACGAGAGUUAAACCAUUGCUGAGAGGGAAUGGUGGACCAAUUAUUAUGGUUCAGGUAGAAAACGAAUAUGGAAGUUUUCAUGCAUGCGAUAAAGAUUAUAUGACUAAAUUGAAAAAUAUUAUUCAAAACCACGUUGGCACUGAUGCUCUUCUAUACACUACUGAUGGCUCAUAUAGACAAGCACUUCGUUGUGGACCAGUAUCAGGGGCAUAUGCAACAAUUGAUUUUGGUACUUCAAGUAAUGUAACACAAAAUUUUAAUCUUAUGCGUGAAUUCGAACCAAAGGGCCCGUUGGUGAAUUCUGAAUUCUAUCCUGGUUGGUUAUCGCAUUGGGAAGAACCAUUUGAAAGAGUUGAAACGUUUAAAAUAACUAAAAUGCUUGAUGAGAUGCUAUCUCUUGGAGCCUCAGUUAAUAUGUACAUGUUUUACGGUGGUACUAACUUUGCCUUCAGUUCAGGCGCUAACAUAUUUGACAACUACACUCCAGAUUUAACAUCAUACGACUAUGAUGCACCCCUUAGCGAAGCUGGAGACCUGACUGCAAAAUAUCAUGAAAUUAAAAAAAUCAUUUCCAAGUAUCUUCCAAUACCGGAUAUUCCGAUACCAGUAGCUUCAAAAGGUAAUUAUGGCACAGUAACAAUGAGGCCUGUUUUAAAUCUAUUCGAUCUUCAAGCUCGAACAUUGUUUGGCACUGUGCGGGUACAAGCAAAAGAGCCGCCAACUUUUGAAGCUUUAAAUCUACCAAACUGGCUGGUUUUAUACGAGGCCAAUCUACCCACAACUGAAACAAACGAAGAUCAGGCUACUCUAUCUGCAGUACCAAAAGACAGAGUUUUAAUUUACUUAGAUGGAAGGUUUUCAGGAACUUUGAGCAGAACACACAAUGCUAUGAACGUUGCUUUAAAAGUAGAUGACGCCAAAGAAGUUAAAUUGCUCGUAGAAAAUCAAGGUCGUGUUAACUUUGGAGAUAUUGAUGUUGAAGAUUUUAAGGGGAUAUUCAACGUAAUGCUAAAUAACGCCAAUAUUACGCCGUGGAAUGUGACUGGUUUCCGAUUUGAUACAAUCUUGGAAUCCACAUUAAAUGUUAUCCAAUCGUCGUUGGAAGAAACACAAACGUUGUUUACUGGUCCGCAGAUUCUUAUUGGUCAUUUUAAGAUUACAGGGGAGCCCCAAGACACGUUUUUAAAUACAGCAGAUUGGGGAAAAGGAGUCGCUUUUAUUAAUAAUCACAAUCUCGGUAGAUACUGGCCAUUGAUAGGGCCUCAGCUAACCUUAUACGUCCCAGCUCCAUACUUGAAGAAAGGACAAAAUACAUUAGUCUUGGUUGAAUUGGAAUAUGUACCUAGAAACCGACAGAUACAAUUUCAGUCUUUUCCAAUUUUAGAUUAUCCAUCAAAUGUGACUAAGAUAGAUGAUUUUUAAUUUUUUUUUUUUUAUGACAUACGUGUAAUUUUUUGCUAAGCUAUAUUUAAAUUACACGACUCUUAAUAUGACGGGCAUUGCCAUGCCACAAGUAUCUAAUAAAAUAUUGCUUUUUCGAUAAUGAAUUUCCCUGGUAGAAAUCCAAAUAUUAUUAAUAGUUUGAAAACUAAUAACUAAGUAUGAAAAAUCAGUAGAGAUGUUAACAUUUCUAAUACCUACAAAAUAUGAAAGUCUUAGCUAGAUAAAACGUGAAAAUUAU